UGAGCGCCUCUCUUGGACGGACCCGCACCACAACCAGCGCCGCUACACAACUUUGACCAGCGCCGUACUGCUACCGCUACAACAACCCGACAAAACUCAAAAUGGGAAACUGCCAACCCACCGUCUUCCCCUGUGAGGACUUUGAUGUCAUGGCCGACAUCAAGGGAAUCCGUAAAGCGUGCAAAGGCUUUGGCACCGAUGAGCAGGCUAUCAUCGACAUCCUGGCCAACCGCAGUGCCGACCAGCGGCAGGACAUCAAACAGGCGUACUUCGAGAAGUACGACGAUGAGCUGGUGGAGGUGUUGAAGAAGGAGCUGGCGGGGAACUUUGAGAACGCCAUCUUGGCGAUGCUGGACCUGCCGGUGAUCUACGCCGUGAAGGAGCUGAGGAAGGCCAUGAAGGGGGCGGGUACGGACGAGGACGUCCUGGUGGAGAUCCUGUGUACUGCCACCAACGCUGACGUUCACAUGUUCAAAGAAUGCUAUUUCCAGGUCCACGAGCGUGACCUUGAGGAGGACAUUGACGGAGACACCAGCGGGGAUGUGAGGAACCUGCUCACUGCUCUGCUCCAGGGUACCCGGGAUGAGAGCUAUGAGGUGGACGAGGAGUUGGCUGAACAGGACGCCACCGCGCUGUUUGAGGCUGGCGAGGGAUGCUUCGGGACAGAUGAGUCCACCUUCAGCUUCGUCCUGGCAAACAGGAACUACCUCCAGCUGCAGGCUACCUUCAAGGCCUAUGAGCAGCUGUCGGGAACAGAGAUCCUGGACGCCAUCGAGAACGAGACGGGGGGAACUCUGAAGAAGUGCUACGUCGCUCUCGUGCGAGCGGCUAAGAACCCCCAGCUGUACUUCGCCAGGAGGCUCAACAAGGCCAUGAAGGGGAUCGGCACCGACGACGACACGCUCAUACGCAUCAUCGUCACACGCUCCGAGUACGACCUGGAGACCAUCAAAGACAUGUACCUGGAGAAGUACGACGUGUCCCUGAAGGAUGCCAUCAGGGACGAGUGCAGCGGGGACUACAAACGCCUGCUGCUGGCCCUCUGCCACUAAACACACACACACACACACACUCACACGCUCACACACAGACACACACAGACAGACGGACGGACGGACAGGGGGAGAGACAAAAAGACAGACAGACUGGCAGGGAGACAGACAGACAGUGAGACAGAAAAUCAGUGGGGCACACAGACAGUGAGACAGACAGACGGACAGUGGGUCACACAGACAGUGAGACAGUCAGACGGACAGUGGGGCACACAGACAUUCGGACAGACAGACAGACAGACUGAUGGAGCCAGUAGGUGGUCCUAACUGGGCUACGGGUUCUGCUGCAACUGAACUAACACUAUUUACAAUCGGUCCAAACUUCAAACUCCGGAACUUUCUGUUGGGGCGAGCGGGAGGGAGAGAAAGAUGGAGAGGGUUAAUAACAGCUAGCGACAGAACUCAGAGAGGCUAAGUUUGUUAGCGCUGAAUCUGGUUUGUGUUUUGUUAACCACUAUACACCUAUUUUCCUGUAGCAUGAAAUGCAAAUCAACAAUCUCCCGAAAUCCAAUUCCACCGUGUAGGGUUUCUCGUCGUCAGUAUUGUAUUUAAGUUUAGUUCAGUGGGUCAAUGUUUUGGCUCCUGCUGAUGAAACUCUACAGCUAGAUAACAUGAUAACCAGUAUUGACAUGGAUAUCCCUGGCCCUAGUAGUUAUUAAUACUCAGUCUGCUGCCCUCACUGACUGUAGCGCCCAGUUUAGCAACUUGCUUUCAAUGUGGCAUGAACACAGCAUUUUGACAGUCUGGUCGGUCUACAGUACGCCUUGAUUAUAUAAAUGAUUAUAUAUUACCGCUGUGUGUGCCGUGCAAAGCCCUGUCUUUUCACUGUUAUGGGAAUCAGAGGGAGUUAGGGGACUCAACUUGAAUACAAAAACAAACAUUUAAGGGUCAGUAUCUUUGGCUAGGUGCACCAACACUGAAUGUUCAGUGAAUGUUUAGUUUUACCGCUAAUGCUAAAUGCUAUGCAACUGUUGUACGCUGCAUGUCGUAAUUUUUGUUUGAUGAUGGUAAUAACGAUCUAUAAAUAUAUAUGAAGGAAAUGAAAUGUUGACAUGAAGGACUUUUUUGAUCACAACUGUUCCACAAUGGAGACUUUCUAUUUUUGUGAGUGUCUUUUAAAAGUUGUGCAUUGAUUGAUGCUGUUUUUAAUCCAAUGUGCACAAAGAAAACCCAGUUUGGAUCUGU